AUGCUUGAAAUCGCCCAGCUAUCACGCCCAGAGGGCGCUUACAAGGUUGACUUCUCAUCUUGUAAUUUGAAACCAGACAAUGUUCAAGUGGGAGAUGUUUCAGUGGAGGUACCUGUUCUCAUCGCAGGCGGUGGUCCGACUGGUCUGUUCACAGCAUACAUGUUGUCUAAACAUGGUGUGAAAUCGCUUCUCAUUGAGAAGUAUCCUGAACGGCUGGCUGCACCCAAAGCGCAUGCAUUGAGCCCGAGAACCCUUGAAAUAUGUAGACAAUAUGGACUUGACACAAGAGCGAUACGUCAAUUAGGGUCACCUCGUGAUGAUGCCUACUGGGUCAAUUUCUUGCCGAACCUCACGGGCGAGAAGAUUGGUGUCCUUCCGUAUGAGCGGAUGGACGCUGGUGUCCUAGAGAGUACACCUGAGAUGAUCCACAAUAUCCCGCAACCCGAUUUUGAGAAAUUUGUUGCAAAACAUCUAGAAAACGACCCAAAUGUUGAGAUUCGAAAAGGGGUUGGUUUCAUUUCGUGUGAGCAGCGAGGCGAUAAAGUGACGACCGUCGUUGAAGAGCGCUCCACGAAGCGUCGUUGGACAGUUACCUCCAGGCACGUUGUUGGCUGCGAUGGAGCAAAAAGCCAAAAUGGUGUUGGCAUGCUGCAUUGGAUCGCCGACCCUGCUUGCUCCGGUUUUAUCAUUGCAUAUGAUAUAGAUGGAAACCAGGUUUUGAUCAGCAAUUUUGAUUCAAAAAGACAUCCGGUGGAAACAUGGACAGAAGAACUCGCGCAUGCCACCGUGUCUGCUGCGAUAGGACAAAAGAUACCGAUCCAGAUCAAGAGUUUUAGACCAUGGGUAUUAAGCCGCAAGGUGGCAAAGGAAUACCGUCGUGGAAACGUGUUCUUGGUUGGCGAUGCCGCACAUUCAUUCCCUCCUACUGGUGGCCUGGGACUCAACUCUGGCCUGGCGGACGCGCACAACCUUGCCUACAAGGUCGCCGCCGUACACCAGGGUUGGGCGAAUCCACGGAUUCUCGACACUUAUGAGACUGAUAGACGACCAAUUGCCGUCAUCGCGGCAGCUCAGAGUGUCAAAAAUGGGAAGUCUAUCUUUUCUUUCCUCAAGGCCAUCGGGACGGCAGAUGUUGAAGACCUCGACGAGGCCCGGAAACGGAUGUAUGAAGCCAUCCACGACCCGGCCAAGCAAAACUUGAUCGCCGAGAAAGUCGAGGGACAACGUGAACAUUUUGACAACCUUGAAAUUCACAUUGGGUACGUGUACGGUGACACGAAGGCACCUGCGAAUGCGUCGGACUUUACGCCAAAGUUCCAGGUUGGCGCCAGGUUGCCACAUGCUUGGAUCAAAUUCACCGAGCCGAAUGAUGAAAGUGAAAUUUCGCAUCAGCCCAUCGACACGUCGUAUGUGAAAGAGCUAUCGAAUGAGCAAAUCGAAGCUCAACGCUAUUCUACACUUGACCUGGCGAGUGUAGGUACAUUCUCUCUCAUUGUACCAUGUCGAGGAGCUUGGAAACAACGGUUUGAAGACUGCGAAGAGGCCCUUGGGAACAAAAUGAGUUCUCGCCUUACCCUUUGGGGUGCGGACGUCGAUUUCCAGUUUACUUCUGACAGUCACCAAAAACUGUACGAUACGAAAGGUGGGUUUUCUGUGGGAGGUGCAAUUCUGGUCAGACCAGAUCAGCAUAUUCUAGGUUGCAUCAGCCCAGAUGCUUCCGCAACCGACAUCGUCGCCCUCAUUGCUGAUCAUGUCGAUAUACAGCAUUAG